GAAAUGCCAAUAAAAAUAAAUAAAACACCACCUUUGGUAAAAGGCAAUUAAAAGGAUAUUGAACACACAUAUGGAAGGGGUGGUUGAAUGAAUUCUACUAAAUUUGGAAAUUGUGUAUACAAGAACAACGAAUCACCCACCUGUUUUACUCCUAACUACUACCUUGUGAAUUUUAUUUUGUGAAAUACGUAGACCGCACUUCGCUUACUUCGAUUUUUCAAAAGAAAAAUAUUGACAUCGAAAUAACCAGAAAAUUGCUCUCACUAGCAUAGCAGGAUCUAAUACGUGCACACGUCCCUGGUAGAACCGAGUCCUACAGUAAGGGCGUUGGUGACCACGGUCACGGCACUGUUGUGGUCACAGCAACGCGUCGUUGUUGUUUAUAAUUUUCAAACAAAUAAAUCACCACCAAAUAGCCAACAAGAGUGUCUGUUAUAUUUCGUUUUAAAUCCAGUUGAAAGAAGAAAUCAAACACUUGAGAAUGGAUCACAGUCCGUCGAACGCUACUUUGCCGGGUAAGCGCCAGCAUCCGUCUACGAUGCAGCGUAAAAAAUCCGGCCCCAAAUUUGAGCUUUCCGAAGCACAAAAAGCCGACAUUAAGGAGGCUUUCGAUCUAUUCGAUACGGAGUGCACCGGUUUUAUAGAGGUCAAGGAGCUGAAGGUUGCAAUUCGAGCGCUUGGUUUUGAGCCGAAGAAAGAGGAAAUCAAACGAAUGAUUGCCGAAAUCGAUAAAGAUGGCACUGGACGCAUAUCAUUCAAUGACUUCCUACAACUAAUGACCAUGAAAAUGGCUGAGAAGGACACUAAGGAGGAAAUAUUAAAAGCAUUUCGUCUGUUCGAUGACGACGAUACUGGCUCGAUUUCCUUUAAAAAUCUAAAACGCGUUGCACGCGAAUUGGGCGAAACAUUGACCGAUGAGGAGUUGCGUGAAAUGAUUGAUGAAGCUGAUUUGGAUCAUGAUGGUGUAGUGAAUCAGGAUGAGUUUUUGCGCAUCAUGAAAAAGACAAGUCUAUAUUAAUUGUAUAUUUGUGGUUGUAGUGUAGCCCCAAAUAGUGCUGUGCGUUGUUUAUAAUGGUCAUAAUGACUAGGCGGAAGGGUAUACUAUGUUUUUUAUUCUAUUUUUAAUUUUUUGCUUUGUGUAUUAAAUAUUUCACAAUUUGUAUUUUGUUUCCACAAAUCUGAAAUAUUUAUGUUAUCAUGAUUUAAUUUUAACUUAUAUAGAAUGUUGCCAUUCAUACUUACAAAUAAUAUAAUAAUAACUUUGAAAUAGCUCUGCUGGACUUGCAUAUGUAUACAAAACUGUUACUUAUUGUUUAUUUUUUUUAUUGCUUUGUUAAAAUGCUUUAUUUCUCUAUUAAAUAUAUGAACUUGUGCAUAUUGCAGAUGAUUGAGAAGUUUUGUGUACAUUUAAUUUAUAAUACAAAACUGUGUAUACGGUAUUUUUAAGCGCGUUUCAGUGUCUUAAAGGUUUUUGCAUUUACUUAAGGAGUACAGCGAAAUAAUUGUUUAACGAUGCUGAAAUUAAUUUGAAUCAUUAUGUGUAAGAGGCGCCCUCCGCUAAAAAAAAGAAUAAAGAAAAUAAAAAUAGCCCGUUACUAAAGUA